CAAUCAAAGACAAGGGAGAUGGGCGUGGCAGCAAGAGCAAGGGCAAGGGUAGCGAAGCCUCUGCAGUUGCGCAGCUGCCCGCCAAGGUUGACAAGCUCAUGGCAGCGAUUGAGAAGAACUCAGUCUGGGAGGUACGAGCGAAGGAGGGCCGCGCCAGUGGCCUGCGUCCGCCCCUUUCACGCACUCCGUGUGAGGAGCGUGGACCUGACGCCAUGGAGACGGAUGGUGAAGGACAGUCGGCUGAGCGUGAGCAAAGUUCCAGGACUUUCACGCAGAUGGCCGACAGGAUCGACAAGCUGCACAAGAGCUUGGCCUCGCUCGGUGACGAUCCAUCGCUGGCCGAGCUGCGGAAGACAAUGCAGCAGAACCUGAAUGAGGCGAAGAAUGCACGCAAGGCAAUGCUACCGCCGCAGACGGUGCAUAGGCGUGCGCAGCAGGCUUUGGAGAAGGCCAAGAACCAGCACCGCAAGAUGCAGGAGGAGCUGGAUGAGAAGCAGCGCCAGCUCGAGGCGAUGCACGCGCCUCUGGCAGCGAGGCGAGAGGCCCUCGAGGCUAAGCGGCUGGAGGUGGAGGCACUCAAUGAGGAGUGCACGCGAAGUGCCGAAGCGCUGGCACCGCCGCGGCCUGCGGCGUGCCCAGCUGAUGUCGGCGUCAAGCUCGAGUUUGAGGAGGACCAGCUCGAACCUUAG